GGCCGCGCUGAGCCCGCCCGCUCCUGGCGCUGGGGGAACCGGCCGCGCGGACGGCAGCAUGCGGGGCGGCGAGGAGCUGGACGGCUUCGAGGGCGAGGCCUCGAGCACCUCCAUGAUCUCGGGCGCCAGCAGCCCGUACCAGCCCACCACCGAACCGGUGAGCCAGCGCCGCGGGCUGGCCGGCCUGCGCUGCGACCCCGACUACCUGCGCGGCGCGCUCGGCCGCCUCAAGGUCGCCCAAGUGAUUUUGGCCCUGAUUGCAUUCAUCUGCAUUGAGACCAUCAUGGAGUGUUCCCCGUGCGAAGGCCUCUACUUUUUUGAGUUUGUAAGCUGCAGUGCAUUUGUGGUGACUGGGGUCUUGCUGAUUCUCUUCAGUCUCAACCUUCAUAUGAGGAUCCCCCAGAUCAACUGGAAUCUGACAGAUUUGGUCAACACUGGACUCAGCACUUUCUUUUUCUUUAUUGCCUCAAUUGUACUGGCUGCUUUAAACCACAAAACCGGAGCGGAAAUUGCUGCCGUGAUAUUUGGCUUCUUGGCAACAGCAGCCUAUGCAGUGAGCACAUUCCUGGCCGUGCAGAAAUGGAGAGUCAGCCUCCGCCAGCAGAGCACUAACGACUACAUCCGAGCUCGCACUGAAUCCAGAGAUGUGGACAGUCGCCCUGAGAUCCAGCGCCUGGACACAUGAGAACCUUCUGGAGUCCUUUUCCCACUGCCCUCACAACUAUUCUUCUAAUCAAGUUUUCUUUCUCUCAGCACGUCAGAUUUUUGUGUGAUCCAGUUGAAUUUUGUCCUGUUCGGUAAAAAUUCACUUUGGGAAAGGGUGCCUAGAAUGGCCCAGUGACUGCUCUGUGGUGGCCCGAAGAGCCCAGGUCCUCCAGCAUUGGGUGCCUGUGGGAGCAGCCAACUUCAGUGGACUGCUCUAGGUCUUAACGGUCUCAGAACACACGGUCUCAUCUGACUCUGAGCCACCCUGUCAUGUGUAUUUGUGAUGAGUCAAAACUUUAUGAAAUGGCAUUGAGAGGGCACUCCAUGUCACAUGACAGAGGCACAGGGCUGGAACAGCCAGUGAGGUUCUUGGACAGCCCCCUAGUGAGCCGUGGGUGGGUGUUGAGUCUGGCUGGUUAGAUCCACUCUCCUUGUCUUCCGUGCCCAGGGCAUCUAGGCAGCCAGCACGGCCUGGGUGAGACUUUGAGGGGCUUGGCGAAUGGAUGUGCUCCUCUAUCCUCCUUGCCAGGUCUCUAUAAUACAGGGACAGGAAAUUCUAGUGUCCUGUGGGACCACUGACUCAGAACAGUGACCAGUUGUCUCCUACCCUGCUGAGAAAGCACUUGAUCCUGCCUCAAAUGAGUCCCCUUCCUGUGGUCUGUAUUCACUUCCCGGGACAGGGGCCAUCACCUUUGCCUGUCCCUUGCCUCCCUUCCAUACCUUGAGGCUGGAUUGCAGUUUCAGCACUUUUUACCUUCUCAUGUGAGAGCUGCAGAAGAUACACUCCUAACACCAGCUGAGGCACUUGCCCACUUGCUGGCCUCACGGAUCACAUGUGUGUAUGUGGAGGCUGGCAGAGUAUGUGUAUGUGUGUGUGUGUGUAUGUGUGUGUGUGUUACAAAGUGGCACACUCCAACUCACACUUCUAUUGUAUGGACAUGUCUAGUUCUCUGAAUAUCCAAGACAAGCUCUAAAGUGAUUCAGAGUCAGUUUAUCUAGGAUUUGAAAAUACUUGAAUCUGCACCAGGACACAUCUUUCCACAGAUAUACCACGAGGCACUGUUGUCAUUUUGGGUGCCUGAGUGUCCUCACUAUGAACACCAGUCCUGGAACAUGUUAGGAAUCCUAGUUACAUCCGGCUUUUGGAUUGGUUCUUGAUAAACUGAAGAUUAUUUUUGUGGUGAACGAGUUGAGCUGGCCCCUAUGAUGCUGUAAUUUUGUUGUUGUUGUUGUUGUUAUUAUUAGAGACUAAUUAUGACUUUUUGGAAAAUUGUUUUAACAUGUCAGGUUCUCACUCUGAACUGUUGAUGUUUACAGACCUUGUUGUAGCUCUAAUAUUUUGUGUGUAGCCUCACCAAGGAGAAGACAUGGCUGGCGGGAAGAUAUUGCAAUAGUAGAGAGCUUCCACUAUCUCCUACUGAGACUGUUCAUAGCCUGAGCAGUGUCCUUUGUAGUUUAUAACCCAGAAGGAGGUGGCAAGGCUGGGGAGAGGAAAGUCUGAGGAGGUGCCCCUGUGUGCCAUGGCUCUGCAUCAUUCAGGGAAGAGCAGUGUUAUAUGGUUGAAUAGCAAAAGGGGCUACUGUCAGAUACCACUGCAGGGCUCAGGAGUCCACAGGAAAUAGGAUCAGGCUAUAUCUGAUUGAGGGAGUACUAGGGACUGGCUCCCUAAACCCAACAUCCAGUGUAAUCCAGUUCUGCUGUCGUUUUAUAUUGGCAGUAGUCCAGGUCACAUGUUCAAAGGAGAGCUAAGCUAAUCUGGUGUAACUCCCCUCCCUGCUUCUUUUCUCCUCCAGAGGGCAGCCUGGGUCUGGCCCUUGCCCAGCUCCUGAUAGAGAUUUCUGUCCUUGGAUGUCAUGAGUCAGUCAGUACACCUUGUGUUUUACCAGCUUUGAACCUGUUGUGUGUGAUGAUACGGGAGAGCGGAUGGCAUCUGGAUUUUUAUCUGUUAGUUUGACAUGGUUAUUUUGCAUUUGUUGAGUGUGUCUACACAAUCAAAAUCGGGCUUCUUUGCCUGCAAGAAUUCCCUUUAAAAUAGAGUCACAAAGACUUUGCCUGAAUCAGAUGAGGCCCACUUGGAAGGACCACCCUGAGCUUUAUCAUGUUACUGGGCCUCGGGAAAAGGACACCUUUGAAGUGAGCCAGAAGAAAGAAGCAUUCAGACUGGAUUGCUGCUCAUUUCCCAAGUCACUCAAUAAAACCAUUUUAUCAUGUGCUGAAAGGAGGCCUUCUGAGAGUGUUGUCAGCUGAAAGAAAUCAUCCUGAGGCCCACUGAGACCAUGAAUACUGAGAUAAGAUAAAAGUGGUGGUGUCUUAGGGCCUGAAAGACUUUAGAGUUAGUUGCAUCUUGGUGUCAGAAUUAUUAUCUUUGUGAUUAUUUAUAUCCCAGUAACUAUUUAAUAUCCUUUGUGCUAUGAAGCGUCCCUGUGGCUUUUGUAUAUGUAUUUCUUUGUACUAUUUAACUAGCUCCCACAGAGCCAGAAGUGGCUUGUACACGUUCUAACAGCAUGAUGCACAGUCCCAGUCUAUACAACCAGCGUGAUGAGGAAAAGCCAUGAAGGGAAUAUGGUUGCCUACAGUGAAUGCAAAGACACUUGUAUUUUUCCUGUCGUGCCUCUGUGCAAACAGAAGAUAAUAUAGAUUUGGGGUUUUUAAAUAACCUCUGCAAAUUGAAAAAAAAAGCAUAUUUUUGUGUUUAUUAAGUCUACUACAGACCAGUGCCACUUAGGUUUUGGGCAUUUUAAGUCAACCUUAGCUUUUUCCAUUUCCCUAGGGAAUGAACUGGCUUUCCCAGUUGGAGCAAAACUUGAAGGGAAAUGCAGUUGUUGGGAACACCUGGGGUGGUCAUGGAGCCAUGGGGUUGAAGCCCUUCCUCGUUGGUGGUUUUGAUGGAUGUAAACACUGACAUCCUCAGAGAAAGUGUAUUUUGGCGCUGUCUGUUGACUGAGUGUCGUCCACCACUACUCUCCUCUACCCUCCCUGCCAAAGGCACAGAGGGUAAGCCCUUUUUCCUUUGAAUGGAGAGACAAGGAAACAUAAAGAUACUUAUUGGCUCCUAAAAAGGGCGAACAUGGUGAUGGAAUGAAUUCUCUUCAGAGAAGUUCCAUUUAAAGUAGAUAGCCAUGCAGGGCAGAUUGCUUUUGUCUACAAAAAAAGCAAGAAUUCAGUAAGCUGCCCACACCCAGUGCCCACAUCUUUCUUAGCAAUAUGCUAAAAUACCAGAGUGGGCAGACCUGGGUACAGGGAAACCAGCAAGAACCAGCCAUGGUCUUUGUGCAGCGAGCACUUGGCCUUGGGGUCUUUUUAUAGGCCCCUGGCUGGAAGGCUCACACCCAUGGGCCUGGUAUACCUGGCUUGCACCCUGUGCUGGAUACUUGAGGGGAGUUUCAUAGCUCAGCUGAAAACAUUUCUUCUCUUUUCAAAUUUCUUCUAUUUUCUUUGAAGUUUUUCUAGUGGUUCGGGCAUUCUUCGAUGAAAUGAAGGUCUAACUCUUGUCCCUACAUGUAUGUGAAUUCUUGCUUGCCUUGAAGGAGUCUUGGCUAGCUCUGUGCGUGACACAAAUUGUACUAUUUGGAGGAAACCCUUUGCCUAUCUAUGAGGUGGCCUGAGAUUCGUCUCUGCCCAUGUCACAUUCCCUGUGUGUCAGUCUUAGGAGCAUGGAGACUUUGUAUCUAAUGACCAUGUAGGCGGUUCCUACUCUGCCAUCUGUGUUCAGAACACACAUGGUUAGUGUGCUCCUGCCUGACUGCCUUUUUCUCAAGAUGUCAUCUACAUAGCAAUAGUGACAUUAAGCAUGUGGCAGAAGGGAUGGGGUAUGCACUCCUGGUUAGAGAAUUGUUGACUGUUCUCAAGCAGGGAAAAAAAAAGCUGCUUCAAGUGGGAAGUCUCCAGGUAUCUUUUCGUUCCUUGUAAAGUUGCACAGUCUAGGGUUUCUCUCAAUGUCUGGUUUUAUCAGCACUUGCCCCCAUAAGGGCCAGCUAGGCAGGGAGUUUGGUGGCAGCAGGAGGAGGCUGCAGUGGGAGCAAUAUAGAUGGUACUUGUGUUCAGAACCCCUGCUGCCCUGGAAGCAUUCCCUCAACUUCCUCCUCUUCAGAAGAGGGAGGUCUUGUGCACCCUGAAUGGACUUGAGGUCAAGAGCUGGAUGUUGUUGGAGACCACCAUCCCUCAGUGCUGACAUCUAGUCUGGGUCUGAGCAGGUGACAUCUGCCUAAGGUGCAUUCCAGGCAGGAUGCAGACCUAACAGGUCUGUUUUCUUGGCUUUGUUAGUCCCAACUCCUUAGUCUGUUGUUUCUCUCUUCUUAGCAGACAUCUUUAAAAGAAAUCAGACCUGUCUGAUUGAGAAAGUAAUUUGAAAUAUUUGACCUGUCUAUGUUUAUUUAGCUAUUAUCUCUGAAAGAAAAUACCAUCAAUGUUAGAUCUAGAAUUUUCUUCUAAAAGGGAAUGUUCUCUUGGAUUUCAUAAUAGUCAAUAUAGCAUUGGAUGUAAGUUCUCAGGCUUUGGGAAUUUUUUUCCCUUUCUAGUUUCUCCUAUUCAAAAAAACAAAACAAAAACAAAAACAAAA